UGCUGCAAGCCCUGCUGCUGCCAGUCCAGCUGCUGCAAGCCCUGCUGCUGCAAGUCCAGCUGCUGCAAGUCCAGCUGCUGCCAGGAUAGCUGCUGCCAGUCCAGCUGCUGCAAGCCCUGCUGCUGCCAGUCCAGCUGCUGCAAGCCCUGCUGCUGCCAGACCAGCUGCUGCAAGCCCUGCUGCUGCCACUGCUGCAACCCCUGCUGCUGCCAGUCCAGCUGCUGCAAGCCCUGCUGCUGCCAGGACAGCUGCUGCAAGCCCUGCUGCAAGCCCUGCUGCUGCCAGUCCAGCUGCUGCAAGUCCAGCUGCUGCCAGGAUAGCUGCUGCAAGUCCAGCUGCUGCAACCCCUGCUGCUGCCAGUCCAGCUGCUGCAAGCCCUGCUGCUGCCAGUCCAGCUGCUGCAAGCCGUGCUGCUGCCAGUCCAGCUGCUGCAAGCCCUGCUGCUGCCAGGACAGCUGCUGCAAGUCCAGCUGCUGCAAGCCCUGCUGCUGCCAGUCCAGCUGCUGCAAGCCCUGCUGCUGCCAGGACAGCUGCUGCAAGUCCAGCUGCUGCAAGCCCUGCUGCUGCCAGUCCAGCUGCUGCAAGCCCUGCUGCUGCCAGUCCAGCUGCUGCAAGCCCUGCUGCUGUGCCCCUAUUUGCUGUCAGUGCAAGAUCUGAGGUUCUGGCUGCAGGUGGCAAGGGGCUUGAAUGUGCCUAGCACCUCACACCAAAGCCAUUCCUCACCAUUCUGAACCCCUCCUUUCAGAAGAUGCACUUCCAGUGAUUGGGUUCCCAGAUUCUGUAGGAUCAGGAGCUCUUUGUGCUGGCUCCUGCUACCCUGGAAUCUCCAAGCUCACUCACCUUCAGGUGCUAAUCAUGUCCCUCCAGGGCUCCCUCAGCCAACACAGUCCCAGAGCCCAUCACUGCUUUUCACCAGGGGAACUUGGCUGAGCCAAGUUUCUGAGUCAACCUGGGUCACUUUCUGAGCCCAGUGCCUCUGCACAUCCCAGGAUCUGCACAUUACCAGCCCUCACACACUGCCCCUGCUACCAGCCCUGGAAGCUGCCUGCACAGCAGCCACCUGCCAAGGGGUGGACUGCAGCUGCUAACCACUCUGAGGAAACUUACUGCUAAAGAAUUCAUAAAUAAAUACAGGGGCUGGGAUGGUGGCUCAGCGGUAGAGCGCUGGCCCAGCAAGGGCGGGACCUGGGUUCGGUCCUCAGCACCACAUAAAAAUAAAGGCAUUGUGUUGUGUCCAUCUACACCUAAAAAUAAAUGUUAAAUCAAUCAAUCAAUCAAUAAACAAACAAACACACACACACACCCUACUGGACUCCUGACUCCACAGUGCUUUAACAAACAGUCCAUUGGGGGAGCAAAACCAUCUGGGCCUGCGCAGAGGGAGCCUCCUCUGAUGGGGGUGGGUCUGGGGCACUUACUGCAAUCUCAGCAGGGCCAUUGCUACCUGCUUUGCUGCCAUGGUCCAGUGCAGUUAUGAAAGAGGAUGGAACAACUGGUAAUGGUUAGAAGGAGAGAGCAACCUCCUGUGAACCAGAUGGAAUGGGGGGAGGGCAACCCAACACAGUAGGAGCAAGUGCAGGGAGAGGGUCUGACCAACCAGCAGGUGCCACUCCCUGAGCAGCAACUGUGUAGAAAGCACUUCACAAAUCUAAGGCCAGGGACUGCCCUCUGAGUAA